AUGCGCCCGAAACCGGGGUCUUCACUGCAGAAGACCUAUGAUGACUGCUAUCUGUUGUGCUCCACCGCCGUAUAUUUCGAGGGACAGAAUAACGAACAAGAGGCCCUGAAAUCGUGGCGAUCCGCGCUCGAGACCAUCUACUACCACAACGCCUAUCGGGUCCCCUCCAAGUACUCCCCCAAGAACGAAACCGAAAAGGCCCUACAGGAUUCUAUCCGCCAGUUAGAACUCCAAUGCCGCGAGCGAGUGGACCUCCUGGAGGCUCUACGUGAGAGCCGUAAGGAUUCUUCGGGGAAGUCGCCCCCAUCCACUUCGCUCGGGUGGAUAGGGGAGGGCACCGUGCCCGCCGUCGGAUACACUGAUCUCUCCAAACCGCCCACUAUUCCCGGUCGCCCUGCUCCUCCAGCCAACACCCCCAGCUCCGACUCGCUUCGUGUCGAUCUCCCAGCCGCCAGCCCCGGUGCGCUGGCCAUGCACAAGUCACACUCCUCUUCCGCGAAAACCGAUUCAUCCCGCACCACGAGCCCCGAGCGACGGAAGUUGAUGCCAUCCACCCUCCGCUCUGCCGAGAUCAAAAAGUCCACCAAGAAGAAGCUGAGCCCCCGCCGGAAGGACCUGCGACCGGCCGUAGCGUCCCAGGCGGCCGGCCUGGCCUGGGGAAGCCUGUACCCCGCCCCGCCGCCGCUAGAGAAGACGCCGAGUGAUGUGGCUCUGGCGUCGUCCCGGCGCAGCGCUACAAUAGACCCUGUCUUUCGAAAGGAGCCGGAGCCGCCACGGUCGAGAUCGGGGGAGCAAGUCCAUUCGAAGCGAGUCACCAAACCAGUGGAGCUGGGGGAUGAUCGUCAAACUGGGAGGAAACCUCGUACUGCGCCGGACCAGGCGAUACGGCGAUCGCCCGCGAAACCGUCGGUGACUUCUACGCCCCGACCGACGCCCUCUCAUCAACCGAGCUCCCAGCAACAGUCCACCCCCCGGACUCGAUCCGCCGCCCAUUCCCUGGAUUCGAGAAGCUCACCAGCCUCGUCGCGACCGUCCCCAUCACGACCGUCGCCGAAGCCUUCGGUCAAGCCUAAACCGGUGGCAUUACGGUCAGCGUUGCCGGCGCCGAGUUCGGGCGAGACCUCUAAUGCGAUGGAUGUCACUGAUGACACACGGCCAAGGUCUACCCCCAAACCCCCCGUAGUCCCGCCCUCUCCUUCGACGGGGGCCGAUGCACUGCGUCCCAGCGUGAACCGCAUGGCGAUCUCCACCGGCAGCCCCAGUCGGCGGCCCCUACUGGCCAAGCGCACCAUGACGCCCCCAUCGAGCGAUCCGGAUUCCACGGACCCCAAAUCAACCGACGUUGAAGAAGAAGAUGCCGCGGAAGACAACGAGGACGAUGCCUACUUGGAUAUCCUGAACAAACUUCCCAAGGGAGUGGACACGGUGGCGGCCCGACAGAUCCUCAACGACAUUGUGGUUCGCGGAGACGAAGUCCACUGGGAUGAUAUCGCCGGCUUAAAUGGCGCCAAAAAGGCCCUCAAGGAAGCUGUGGUCUAUCCGUUUCUGCGCCCGGAUCUCUUUUCCGGGCUCCGAGAGCCUGCGCGAGGAAUGCUUCUUUUUGGGCCACCGGGCACCGGCAAGACCAUGCUCGCGCGGGCGGUUGCGACGGAGUCCCAUUCGACCUUCUUCUCCGUGUCGGCCUCGACCUUGACCUCCAAGUGGCACGGGGAGAGUGAGAAGCUCGUCCGGGCGCUGUUCGGACUGGCCAAGGCGCUGGCGCCCUCCAUCAUCUUCGUCGACGAGAUCGAUUCGCUCUUAUCCGCCCGUUCGUCGGGUACGGAGAAUGAGGCCUCUCGCCGGUCAAAGACCGAAUUCCUCAUCCAAUGGUCGGAUCUGCAGCGCGCAGCCGCCGGCCGCGAACAGCCCAGCAAGGACAAGAAAUUCGGCGGCGAUGCCAGUCGGGUGCUUGUGCUGGCGGCCACCAACAUGCCCUGGGAUAUUGACGAGGCAGCGCGUCGUCGGUUCGUCCGUCGGCAAUAUAUCCCUCUUCCGGAGCACGAGGUGCGUGAGCAGCAACUCCGGACGUUACUGGGUCAUCAAGUGCACGAUCUUUCCGACUCGGACAUCCAAGCAUUGGUUCAAUCUACCGACGGGUUCUCCGGUUCCGAUGUCACCGCCCUUGCCAAAGAUGCCGCCAUGGGUCCCCUGCGUAAUUUGGGGGAGGCCCUCCUUCACACUCCGAUGGAUCAAAUCCGACCCAUCCGAUUCCAGGACUUCGAAGCCAGUUUGUCUUCCAUCCGACCUAGUGUCAGCCAAGAGGGACUAAAGGAAUAUGAAGAGUGGGCCCGACAGUUUGGAGAACGAGGUGGAUAG